AUGUCGGAUAGAAAUGUUGAGGAAGAUGCUAUUAAUGCAAUGAAAAACCAAUGGUGGUUCAAUAUGUUCAAUCCAAAUAAUUCACAAUUCGAUUUUGAACUAUCUGGAAAACUUGUCGUAUUGAAAGCAAUUUUAGAUGAAUGUGAAUCAAUUGGUGAUAAAGUUCUUGUUUUUAGUCGAAGUUUGAUUACUCUUAAUUAUAUUGAACAAUGUCUAGCACAUUGGAGCAAACAAUCUUCAACAUCUGAGUGGCAAAAAGGUGUUGAUUAUUUUCGAAUAGAUGGUAAAGUUCCAAUAAAAAAACGAGCAGAUGAUAUGAAAUUAUUUAAUGAUGUUAACAAUUAUCGUAGUCGUUUAUUUUUAAUUUCAACAGUUGCUGGUGGUUUAGGAAUUAAUCUUUUCUCUGCUAAUCGUGUUAUUAUUUUGGAUACUAGCUGGAAUCCAGCUCAUGAUCUACAAGCUAUGUUUCGCUCUUAUCGACUCGGUCAAACAAAACCCGUUUAUAUCUAUCGUUUAAUGGUCAAAGGCACAAUGGAAGAAAAGAUUUAUAAACGACAAAUUACUAAACAAGCUAUGUUUCAUCGUGUAGUAGAUGCAAAGCAACUUGCACGUCAUUUUACUUAUGAUGAGCUUGCUAAACUUUACGAAUUUAACUUUGAUAUUGAAGAUGAUCCAAUAGAUCAAGAUGGUAUUAAUCGAGUUCAAGAUAAAAUAUUGCGAAAUUUAUUACAAAACGAUCCUGAUACAAUUGUUUCUUAUCGUGAACAUGAUUCAUUUUUAAUUCAUAAUGAUGAAGAGAAUUUAACUGUAGAAGAACAAAGACAAGCUAAGGAUGAAGAUGAAAACCCACACUUACGACUAAGACGACGACCACAACACCCAUCUCCAUUAAUAAACAAUGCCAUACCCAUCAUCGAUCUCGAAAGCGAUAGUACACAAUCAAGUGAAGAACAAACACAACCUAUUGAUGAAGAUGACAAUCUAUUCUUGUCACUACAACCACAACAACAAUCAUAUUUAUCUCAAUUAUUCGGCAAUAUCACACCUCCUGAUUCUGAAAACUAUGCAAUGAUCUUUGUUACAGAUGGAUUAAAUUGUAUUGUGUGUUCAAGCACGACCAAUAUAGCUUGUUAUGAUCCUUACCAAAAUGGUUCAUCAGCAACAAGUAGUUUUCCACAAUCAGGCUUCACAUCUUGUCUUAAAACAAUGUAUUCUGGAACAGCUACUAUCUAUCCAGCAGGUACAGUAGUCCGCGAGGGAUCACAUAGUAGUUGCAUUGCGCCUGAAACUAUUGGUGGAAUUGCAGUGCAGAAGAAGCUAUCAAAAAAAACGACCGAAGAAGUUGAAGAUAUUGUUGAUCCAUGGAAUGUAACAAGUAGUUCCGACAAAGGAAUCGAUUAUGAUAAACUUAUUCGUCGUUUUGGUUCAUCAAAAAUUUCACCUGAAUUAAUAGCACGUAUUGAAGCUAUUAUUAAAAAACCUGUUCAUCAUUUUAUUCGACGAGGAAUUUUCUUCUCACAUAGAGAUCUUGAGAUGAUUCUUACCGCUUAUGAACAGAAAAAACCAUUUUUCUUAUAUACUGGUCGUGGACCAUCAUCUGAAGCGAUGCAUCUUGGUCAUUUAAUUCCAUUCAUAAUGACAAAAUGGUUACAAGAUGCUUUCGAUGUUCCAUUGGUAAUUCAAAUGACUGAUGAUGAAAAAUAUCUCUGGAAAGAUAUUAAAAUUGAGGAUGCAAAUAGAUAUGCAUAUGAAAAUGCAAAAGAUAUUAUUGCAUGUGGUUUUGAUGUAACAAAAACAUUUAUUUUCUCGGAUUUUGAUUAUAUGGCUCAAUGUCCAAAUUUUUAUCGAAAUAUUGUUCGUAUUCAAAAGAGUGUUACUUUCAAUCAAGUUAAAGGAAUAUUUGGUUUUACUGAAAGUGAUUGUAUUGGAAAGAUAGCUUUUCCAGCUAUUCAAGCUGCACCUAGUAUUAGUUCAUCAUUUCCAAUGAUCUUUGGUGAUAAACUUAAACAAGAACUUGCUUGUUUAAUUCCAUGUGCUAUUGAUCAAGAUCCAUAUUUUCGAAUGACACGUGAUGUUGCACCACGUUUAAAUUUUCCAAAACCAUCAUUACUUCAUUCAACAUUUUUUCCAGCACUUCAAGGCUCAAAAUCAAAAAUGUCUGCAUCUGAUGCAAAUUCAUCUAUUUUUCUUACUGAUACACCAAAAAAUAUCAAAGAUAAAGUUAAUAAACAUGCAUUCAGUGGAGGAAAAGAAACACUUGAAGAACAUCGAGCUAAAGGUGGUGAUUGUGAAAUUGAUGUAUCAUAUCAAUAUCUUACAUUUUUCCUUGAUGACGAUGAACGACUUGAACAAAUUCGUCAAGAUUAUACAUCAGGACAAUUAUUAACCGGUGAAUUGAAAAAGAUCUUAAUUGAAGUUUUACAAGAAUUAGUUGCUCAACAUCAAGAACGAAGAAAAGAAGUAUCUAUGGAUGUCGUACGGCAAUAUAUGACACCAAGACAACUUAGUUUCCGUUAUUAA